AUGCCACUAGAACCCUUACCUAUUUGUCAAUGCCCCAUCUACUUGAAUGGAACUCAGGAUGGGGCCGAUUCAAUUCCCUCUUCACAUAGGUUUGUUAGUGACUGUCCUCAUGAAAGAAUGUCAAAGAAAAUCAAACAUCCUCUCUUUGGACAAGGUUGGCAAUCUCUCCUCCGCCCGUCUAGAUCUGAGAAUGAUACCAAGAAACAAGAAAUGUAUCAUUUAGGAAAUGACACCCCUCUUCAGCCUGAAGAGGAUAAUAGUUAUGUUGAUUCUUUUCCAAGUUGUCAGCCUCGUUCUGAUGGUGAAUUGUCUGAUGAUGACUCUAUUCAGGCCAAUCCUCUGAAAUAUCAAGUUGUCCAAGAACUACUGAAACAGUUUUCUGGUAAUAAGCCAGAUCAAGCACAUGAAGUGUCUUCAGGAUACUUUAAAGAACAGGUGGUUAUUGAAUUCAGAAGAGCUCUUUAUUUUUCUGGGCUUCAGGUAUUGUAUGUCAGGGGUGGUGGAUUCUAUAGGCAUAUUUCAUCAGAUUUCUUCCAAAGAAACCAGAACUGCCUGCAACGAUUAAUCCCGUGGCUGAAACGUGAGCUGACUGCUAUCUAUGGUGACUUUGGGUAUACAGCCAAAAAUAUUCUCUCCAUAAUCCUCCAAAACAUGACAGUGUAUGAUCUGGACAGUCAGCCUUUCUAUGAAAUCUUGGAGCCCUAUCUCUUGCAGUACACCAAACACUUCUUACAUGAGUUCAUCAGUUUUGCUCGGUCGCCUUUUAAUAUGAAAACAUAUGACCAGAGAGCCAUUUAUGAGUGUCCUUCUCCAUAUGGAAGAGGAAAUCUAUUCACUAUCUCACCUGCUACUGACAAGGGGGUUUUACCAGCACUGGAAAAUUAUGCAGAGAUGUUCAAAAUCAACGAUGACUCAGGGGAUAAAGGAAUAUUGCCUCGCUCAUACUCAAAUCAUAACAUGACAUCUGAGUUAACUUUCAUUCCAUCUGAAAAAAAUAUAAAAGAGCUUAACAGGGCCAGAAGUUAUCCACUUAGGAUCCCAACCACAUCAGAGUCAGGAGACAGCAGAGGUGUGACUUCAUCACAGAGUUACACCCAUAUUUCUCUUCUUAAGUCAAUGUGUGGGGAGCCCAUAGAAUUGGCAGAACCAACAACUGAUGGCAAGAGGAACACUUCUGAAAGAAAAAUAGAUGGGAGAAAGCUGAAGCCUGAAGAGGAUAGGUGUUUAGGAGAUAACAGAGCUAAUUACUCCACAUCCAGUAUUUCAACCACCUCACAUUCUAGCCCCAAAGAAAAAAAAUUACUAUCUCUUUGCCAGUCAAUGAAGACCCAGGAGAAAGACCCAGAAAAGAACAAAAAUACAGAUUCCUCUGGGAAGAGCUUUCAAAGUAGCCAUCCUUUGUUGAAGGAAACACAAGGAUCCCAAAAGAAAUCUCAGAAUUACUAUUCAGAGAAUGCUCAUUUUCUUAAGAGAUCUGUUCAGAGGGGCCAAAGAGUACAUACCUUUAGGAAGGAGAGAUUUAAGGGUCAGUCAUCCUCCCAAUGUAGAGAACUAAGCUCCCACCACUACAGAAGACUGAGAAGUUCACAGACCAGAGACCAUAAGAAUCCUCUUAAAAAGGGACUACCUCCAAGCAAUAAGGACAAACCACGUUUGUCCCGUUGCCAUAAAAAGAGAAGAUCAAGAAGCAGAGAUGAUGAUGAUAGGAAUUUGAGAGGAAACCAUUCAAGUGAACCCUUACUAACUAUAUCUUGUGAAGCUCAGGAAGAUGAUAAAGAAGAUGAUACUCACCCACCAUUUAGGAGAAUUGUUCUAACUUCUGCAAGAGAGUUUAUUAGUACUAGGGGGAAAUCCCCAAAAUUUUGUAUCAGAGAAAAAGCUUUUAGAGUGAAAAGUCCCAAUGUCUGCCUCCCUACUGAGAAUCAUAGAUCAAACUGUCAGGGUAAGAGGAGAUCAGGUACAGUGUGUGUAGAAAACAGCUCAUUAAACCAUGAAAAGAUGGGCAGGAAAAGAAGAUUCAAAUGCCAACCUUCAGAGAAGGAAAAUAAUGGAACAAUGCCUAACUCAUUGCCUGCUUCAGUUCAGAGGCACCAAAUAAAUGAAUUCACAUCCUUCUAUAGACCGAUGCUGCCCAAACAAUACGUAAAACCUCUAGCCCUAGUUUCCAAGCAUACUAUAAGCUAUCAAGAAGAGACAAGAAAAAUGUGA